GUUUCACUGCGCGCUGCCGCACAGACGUCUACCGCGUUUCGAGGCAGACGUUACGUUCCAACGUUCGGCGCGCAAGAAUCGCCAGCCAGCCCGUAGAAAGUCGCGCCUGCGCAGAAACCACAAAUAAAAAAAAAAAAACAGAUAGAAAAAAAAAAGAGAAAUAAAAACAAGAUCAUAACAAAAGUGUGGAAAACCGAGUGCAGCAAAUAUCCAGCCCACAGCAUCAUGCUGCCCAAGUGCAAUCAAAAUGUUGUCUUCUUUUGACUCUGCGGUUGGAAUUUGAGUUUCUCCCCCCUUCCGUUUUUCGAAGACCACGAAUCCGUUUUUAUUAACUGCCUUGUGUUCUCUGCAUAUCAAAACGCAAAAGUGAAAGUGAAUUUUCGGUGUUUCGGUGCGUGAGUGCCUCUUGAAUGACAAAUAUUGAUAUGGUACAAUGAAAACCAGGCAAUUCCAGCCAACCAAAUAAGCAUCGAGAGAAACUAUAAAAGAAAUACAUUUAUUUUUGUGCCCAUUGGAUUACGGAAAGUUGGCGACCAGCUCAAGGAUACCCUGUGGUAUUGGAAUACACCCAGCACACAGCGCUAUUAUCAACAGACUAUUCUAUUUGGAUAUGGCUGCCAACGAGAUUAUGACACCCACAGUCAAUGCGAAUUGUCAAUACUCGACCAGAUAUUGUUGGGAGGCGGAAAAAGUCAAAUCUUUGAUCAGAUUGCGGGCGGAACUAUCGCCUCUGUUCACGGGCAAGCGAAAUGCCUCCAAAUAUGCCUGGGCCGUGGUGGAGCGGGAACUCAAUGUGCCGCUGCCGCUGUCGAAGAUCAUCAAGAAGUGGAACAAUCUGCUGCAGGAGUACAAGGCCAUCAAGAUGUCCGAGGAGCCCAAGCGGCGAGAAUGGCCCUUCUUCACCCUGAUGGACGUGUACUUCAGCGACCAGGUGAACGAUCCCUCGCUGCGUCUCUUCUCGUCCACGAAGACCCUGAAGGAGACCCUGGAUGACAGCGUGUUCGAGGACGAUCCAAUCAUAGCCUCGGCCAUUGCGGCGGCCACCAGUGGAGCCUACAUGGACAUUGACGAGCUGAUCCGGCGGCAGAAGGAGCGGGCCGCCCUGGCCGCCGAGCGGAAGUUGGCCGCCGCCGCCAGCGGAGCCAGCGGCGACUACAAGUUCGAGCUGAAGCCCAUGCUCUCGAACAGCAAGUUCAACAGCAACAGCGACAUGGCCAAGCUGUCCAAGAGCGUCGACGAUCUCUCCAUGCAGCAGUACAAGCUGAAGCAGGAGCUGAUGCGCCAGCGGGAGCAGGAGCAGCAGGAGAACAUGGUCAAGAUCAAGCAGCAUGCGCGCCAGCAGCAACAGCAGCAGCAGCAGCAACAUCAGCAGCAGCAGCAACACCACCAGGCCCAGCAGCAGCGAUUCCUGGGCCACCAGCCGGCCCUAUCGCCGCAUCCACACCGCCUGUCGUCCUCGUCGACGCCGCCGGCUUUGCAGCACGCCCUGCAGCAGCAGCAGCAGCACAUGUUGCAGCAGCAACACCUGCAGCAACAGCUGCAACAGCAGCAGCAGCAACACCAGCAGCAGCAGCAGCACCUGCAGCACCACCAGCUCGCACAUCCCCACCAGCCGCCCACUCCGCGCCCCAGUUCGCCGCCCACCACGGCGCAGCAGAUCCAUAUCACGGCCACCCAGCACCAGGCCGCCCAGCAGCAGCUCCACCAGCAGCAGCAGCAGCCCCACAAGCAACAGCAAUCCUACACAGAUCCCAACACCAUCGACCAGUACCUGCUGUCGUGGAACAACUUCCAUGGGAACAUGUGCCGCGGCUUCCACUCCCUGCAGAAGGACGAGAAGAUGGUGGAUGUGACCAUCGCCGCCGGCGGAAAGAUAUUCAAGGCCCACAAACUGGUCUUGUCCGUCUGCAGUCCCUACUUCCAGCAGAUCUUCCUGGAGAACCCAUCGAGUCACCCCAUCCUGCUGAUGGCCGACGUGGAGGCCAGUCACAUGGCCGGCCUGCUGGACUUCAUGUACAGUGGCCAGGUGAACGUCAAGUACGAGGAUCUGCCCGUCUUCCUGAAGGUCGCCGAGGCCAUGAAAAUCAAGGGGCUGCACACAGAGAAGAACCUGGACAGCGAUGCCAGCGACAUCAGUUCGCCGCACGAGAGCGACGGCACCGAGUGCCGUUACGAGCGCGGCACGCACAGUGUGAACAUCACGAGCGGACAUGCCGCCGGCUACGGCGGAGUACCGCCCCCGCAGCAACCGUCCCCGUCGCCCUCGCUCAACAACGGACCCAACCGCUGCCCCACGCCCCUCUCCAGUGGAGGCGGUGGCUCCGGCGGCAAUCCCAACUACGCCGGCUUCCGGGAGCACAUCAAGUCGAAGGCCACGCUGGCCGAGACCUUUAUGAAGAAUCUCAAUAGGAACAACAACAACAACAACAGCAGCAGCAACAACAACUACAAUCACUUGGGCGGCAGCAAUGGCAGUCUGAAUCUGACGGAGGCGGAGAGCAACUCCUUUGCGAUCCUGCAGGCGAACAGCAAGAAGAUGCUGGACUCGGCCAGGAAACAGCACAAGUAUCUGGCCAAGCGCAAGAUCCUGAUGCACUACAACACCGAACUGGGUGGCGAGAAGCGGCUGAAGGAGAUGGACCGGGAUCGGUAUCCGAGUGCCGAGCAGCAUGAUGACGCCUUGAACAACAACCAUAGCCACGCCCAGGACAACAUUAUGGAGCCGAUUAUCACGACAAUUGUGCCACAGACGCCGCCACCAUCCACGCACAACAACAACUUCAAGAUCCGCCUGGUGGAGAGCCAUCACCUGACCAACAACAGCCAGAAUCAGAAUCAGAACCAGAGCAACAACAACAGCAACAGUAGUCCGCAUUCGGGAAGCAACAAUUGCCACAAUGACAACGAUGAGGAGGCACUGAAUCUGGUGCAGAUUCCCAAUGCCAACGGGAGCAGGGCAAGGGAACAGACCCCCGCCCCUGCCACGCCCACGCCCGACAUCCAGCUGAUCAAGCGGGAGGUGGAGCAGGAUUCGCCGCCGGCAGAGAGUGUCCACAAUAAAAAUGGACACGACGAGGAGCUGGCUGCGGCAGGAUAUGAUCGCAAGUAUGACGAUAAUAACAACAACCGCGGAUUGGACAUGGAAACGGACUCGAACAACAACAACAGCAAGCCGGGAACGGACAACAAUGGGAUAGCACUGGCGCUGGGCAAGCACAAGUUGCUGAGUGCGAUCAAUAGGAGUCUGGAGCAGGAGCAGGACCAGGAUCAGCAGGACCAGGAGGCGGAUCAUGGCGGCAACAAUUGCAGCAGCGACGACAACAACAACAAUCACAGCCAACACCUGGACCUGAGCACCAUCAAGAACAUAGCCACGGCGGAGAUCCUGUGCGGAUUGAAGAGCAAGGUGCUCAAACUGGAGGAGGAGCAGCGCGAGCGGGAGCGGGAAAGGGAGCGGGAACGGGAAGCCUGCCGCAGCCACAGCGAGAUCAAGAAUGCCGAGUGAUCCCCCAAAUCCCUGGUGGGUGCAACCCACACUGCCCAGACAAUUAUGCAUUUGAUUUAACUUAACGUAGAGAGGGAGCGUAUCUAUGUUUGCUAAUUAUAGUUAUUUAUUAUACCACUUAAUAUCGUUAAUGUAAUUGUAAUGACCUGACCCCACAUGAACAUUGGUUAGUUUGGUAGGCCUAGCAUUCUCCCAGCACACCAUUUAGAAUCCCUAGCAUCUAAGACUCACCACGAAUCAUUAACGUAUCGUAUCGUAUCGCAUCGCAUCGCUGAUCAAAUUACAAAUUUAAUAUUAGCACUUUGGAAAUUGGCCCUGUUGCAAUACGAGUUAAGACAAUGUUAAAAAUAUUGAUAUCGUUUAAUUAUGUAUGUGUAGAGCAGUAUGUUAUAGAAUAAUACGCCCCAGCCGCACUUUCGAUUUUCAGCGAACGCUAACCGUUCUUACAUUAUUUAUACAUACGCAUAUCGUACUACGAAUGUAUCUCAACACGAAUCACGCCUGCAUAUAAACACCACCCUCCCCCCCCACAUACAUACAUUGCACCAUAUACCCACGAGUAUAGUAAUGACAUCGGCCCCGUUCAGACCAUGUAACACUGGAACGGGCCACCUACAAAGGAUCAAAAAGAAAGGAACAAUAUAUGUAUCUCGUUUUUAGUUUUAACUUGCCAGACCUUUUGAAUGAGCACUCAGACAAGUCGGUUGCAUGCGAUCGUAUUUAACUCGGCGCGCGUAACUUUCACCCUGAAGCGGUUCCGGAUCUUGUUAAUUGUUGUACAUGCCCGUGUGCCUGGAACCCAGCCCCGAAACACACGACAUCCAUCCACUGAGAAGGUAUCGAUCGAUUUGGGACCACGAUCGCUCAACUGCAGACCAACCAGAACCAACAAUGCACAGUGUAACUCGUACAAUAUUUAUUCAACUUCUUUACAUUUUAAAAAAAUUGUGUAAUGUUUUUGCUGUUGAACAUUUUUUUAUUGUAAAAGAAUUAACGAAUGAAUAAAGAACCCAACACAUUCAAA